AUGCCACAACUCAUCACUCUGCCCCUUAAGCGAGUCCAAAAUGUACCCAAAGAUACUCAUCCGCAAAUGCUUAUGCAGCAAUACAUAAACCAUGCUUCUAAACGCCGUCAAGAGCCUUCAGAACAUCAACUCCGUUCUGAACUUCAUAAAAGGCUAUACAUUCUUGAUGGUCGACCGGCACCGAGUUUGGCUUCGCCAGGCUCGAGCUUCAAUGCCGGGAAUACUCGGUUGGGUUUGGCAGCAACGCAGGGCCACGGAAAGCAGCCCAGCAAGGGUUCCAUCAACAACGGUACCACCCUUUCUGGUAACGCUACUGCACCGGGGAAUGCAACUGCCCCUGGAAAUAGUACCGGAAUCUCACCUCUCGAUAUCCAAGCAGCUGAGAAUGGUGGUUUGACGUCUGCUAACCCCCCUACGACCAAUAAUUCUCUGGGAUUGGCCAUUGAGGCCAACGAUGUAGCAUAUAUUGCAACAAUCCAGGUCGGGACACCUGCGCAGGAUUUCAAAAUUCUGAUGGACUCUGGAAGUGCUGAUUUCUGGAUUGGGAGCGAGAACUGUCAGUCUUCGACGGGUGGUAGUUGUGGCAAUCACACAUUCCUUGGUCCACAAAGCUCUUCCUCCUUCGUGUCGAGCAAUUCGCAAUUCCAAGUCAUGUAUGGUUCCGGGGCCGUGGCGGGAACUCUCUGCCAAGAUCAAGUUAGCAUCGCAGGCCUGAGCUUGAAUAAUCACACGUUCGGUGUUGCGUCGGUCGAGUCACCCCAGUUUUCGAGCUCUUCCGUGCCGUUCGAUGGCCUCAUGGGUCUGGCACAAUCAACUUUGUCUCAGCAGAACGUCUCUACACCAGUGGAAUCCCUUGCUUCAAAUGGUUUAAUCCCGGCUGCAAUAACUUCAUUCAAGAUUUCUCGUCUCUCUGAUCAACUCAACGACGGGGAAGUCACCUUCGGAGGACUGGACUCUUCCAAAUUCGUUGCCAACACCCUCGUUACCAUUCCGAACGUCAAUCAGCAGGGUUUCUGGGAGGGCGCUAUCGAUGCAGUCUCCAUCAACGGAGCAGACAGUGGUUUAACAGGACGCACUGCGAUUCUUGACACAGGCACUACCGUGAUGGUAAUUCCACCGGCUGACGCGCAGCAGCUCAUGCAAGGUCUUGGCGGAACAUGCGACUCGCAACAAUGCACUCUUCCCUGCACUUCCAAUUCCAGCCUUGCGUUCGCAUUUGGAGGAUCCUCGUUUGCCAUCAAUCCGAGCGACCUACUCAUUCUUCCUGUCCAACCUAACAAUCCGACAGGCGAUUGCGUCGCUGGAAUCCAGCCCCAGCAAAUCGGAGCAGCAACCCAGUGGCUGGUCGGAGACGUGUUCUUGAAAAACGCAUACUUUUCUACUGAUGUUGGCAAUAACUCAAUUUCGCUGGCGAAGCUCUCGGCACCUUGAUGUAAUAUGACGAUAGAGUCAGACACUGGCUGGGCGGGCCUAGCACAAAUAGCGUAUUUCUAGAGCAGUUGAAUUUAUUACUGUAGUUAUGAUGCUC